GUUUUUUUAAUUUUAUUUUUUUUUCUGCCGUAUACUAUUAUUACAUCACAGCCCACUUCUCCCCUCCAUCAGGCUUAUUUCCUCAGAGAUGCCCAGACGAUCGGCUUCAGGAACAGAAACUAUAUUAUCCCCCCACUCGCCAAUUCAUCUUCUGUCUGUCAUCAGCAACAACAACAUCUCUUCUAAUCCAACAACAUCUACAAAACCUUCUUCAUCCAUCUCAUCCUCUUCCUCCACCAUGCGUCGAAGCGGCUCAACCACCACUGCGGAGAUCCCUCUGCCCAUCACCUACACUCCCACCACUCAUCGCAUCAGCAAGGCCAAGAAGGGCAAGCGUGUCCAUGCUUGUGAAUUCCCCGGUUGCAACAAGGUCUUUACCAGAGCUGAGCACAGAAGACGCCAUGAGUUGAACCACAACCCCGAGGCCCUCUUCCGCUGCACCAACCGUGGCUGCAAGAAAGCUUUCCACCGUCCUGACCUUCUGGCUCGUCACAUGGAGCGACACGUUCUCGAGGCACAGAUGGACAACACCGUUCAAUGGGAACAGCAACACCACCACCACAUGGUCUCUGAACCCCAUCAUAUCACCAAAUACGCUCCUGUCAGCCCUGCUCCUUCCUACCUGCCUACAACACAACAAAACACCAUGUCUAUCGGAUCCAUCGUCGCUCCUGGCAUCCACCCUGAUCUCGCCAACGACUGCUACAUGUGGAACGGAAUGGACAUGCCUCUGCAGCCCCGUACUCCUAUCUUCCAACACCACAUCCAGGAUUCCACAGAAGAGAACCACUUCUACUCGUCCCCGGAGGCUUGCCCCUCUCCGUCCUCCGAUGGCGCUACCUUCUCUCUCGCCUCCUACCCCCGGUCUUCCGUCUCCUCCACCCCAGCGACUACCAUUGAGCACUACCCCGAGAACAUCCUGGACAAUGACUUGACCUCUUCGCCACUCCCAACUCACGCCAAUCUGCGCUGUUGGGGACCUGACGCAAACUUGGUUUCAAUCCCUCUCCAGGAAGACCUUCUCCACCAUCCUCAACCUAUCCACUACCCUUCUCCCAACUGGGCUCCUGCCGAUCACCAGUCAUACGAUGACCAGACCCUCCCGUCCAUUGAGCAAUUCCAAGCUCCCAUGGGCUGGAAGGCCUGGACUCUGUGAACAAUUCCACUCAAAAAAACCAUUAAAAAGAAGAAAAAAAAGAGCAUCUGAUCUGGUCGCACCGGAGUUUUUAUCAAAUCGCCAUUCCAACCGGAAUUCAUGAGCCGGAGAAAUAACGAUUCAAAAAAUUUCCUACAUACACAUAUACCCAUGGGAAGGAAAUUACUUCUUCCCUUUGUUUGUUUCUUUUGCCUUUUAUAUUUCCUUGUGUUGAAUUUCCUUUGUCCUUUUCCUUUGUCAAGCCAUGUCUUUAUGAAUUGUUCUGAUCUACGCUUUAUACCAUUGUCUGUUUAUUUUUCUGAUUAGCAGCCAAACGUCUCUCUUUUGUUCGUCCUUCGUUUAGCAUAUACCCAUUCAUAUAUGAUCUUUGGGUUU